GCUGACGGAGGAGAACGGACCAUUAGCUAGCUGGGAAAAAAGGAAAAGGGGCGUAAAAUCGUAUGGAAAGAUAAGGCCCCCGUGCACCGUAAAUAUUUUUUGUAAAUACAGCAAACUGAAAUCACUGCCCCAAAAUGUUGACAUUUAGCCAGCUAGCUAGCUAUUAAAUCUUAUAUAUUUAGCUAGCUAGCUAUCUGCUAGCUAGCCACCUAACGUCGUGCGCUAUUCAUAUCACCAAAAUUAGCUAGCUAGCUAUCCUAGAUAUUUUACUAAAGAGAGGGCUUAUUUUCCCAUAUUCCUAUAAUUGUAAUCGUUUUUCAGUGAGUGACGGUGUUUUUCUUUAGCCAGCUAAUGGGUACGAGUUUUACGGGCGCUCUUUGUUGCUAAGGCAUUUCUGGGCUUGAUUCCGGGGGCGGCUGCACAGAAACGGGUACGGAUGUCGCGACAGCCCAGUUUGUUCCGUCGUCUCCUGGACCUGGAUCUUUUUUGGUAAAGCGCAGAAGACGAAAACUGCAGAGCAGAAGGAGUGUCAGAGACGGUCAAAGGAUAUCGUUUUCCCCUGUCAUAUCAACGGAUCGCUGAGCAGCAAAUUUGGGACUGAGGAGCUCAAACAGGCGCUGGGCCUCCCUCCUCCUACUCCUGCCGUUGGAGCGCCAACCCUACCCUCUUCCUCCCCGUUCCUUACGCGGGGGAAGUCGGAUACCUCACGGUUAGAGGGAGCUACUUCAGAGCGAGGCCCCCCAACCCCCCACUCCCUUCCGAGCCCCUCGCUUUUCUAACCUCCCCUUGUUUCCCCGUAUCCAAACCCGAGGGGCCGGGGAUACUACGACGAGCCGGGGGCAGGUGCGGCGCUUUUUGGACUGAAGUCCCGUCAAAACCGGGCGUCUGAAAGCAGGGGUGAUGACUUUAGAGUCCAUGAUGGCUUGCUGCCUGAGCGAAGAGGCGAAGGAAUCGAAACGAAUCAACGCCGAAAUCGAUAAACAACUGCGCCGCGACAAGCGAGACUCAAGGAGGGAACUGAAGCUGCUUCUACUCGGCACGGGCGAGAGUGGCAAGAGCACCUUCAUCAAACAGAUGCGCAUCAUCCACGGGGCCGGCUACACGGACGAGGACAAGCGCGGCUUCACCAAGCUGGUGUACCAGAACAUCUUCACCUCCAUGCAGUCCAUGAUCCGCGCCACCGAGACGCUCAAGAUCGGCUACAAGCAGGACCAGAACAAGGCGAACGCCAUGGUGGUGAAGGAGGUGGACAUCGAGAAGGUCUCGACGUUUGAGCAACCUUACAUCAGCGCAAUAAAAACGCUUUGGGACGACCCGGGCAUCCAGGAGGCCUACGACAGGAGACGGGAGUACCAGCUGUCCGACUCCACCAAAUACUACCUGAGUAAUUUAGAGCGCAUAUCGGCGCCGGGGUAUCUCCCCACCCAGGAGGACGUGCUUCGGGUUCGAGUGCCCACCACCGGCAUAAUCGAGUACCCGUUUGACCUGGAGGAUAUAAUCGCUAGCUAUCUUAGCGAUCUGGAUCGCAUCGCCGAGCCGUCCUAUCUUCCGACCCAACAAGACGUGCUUAGGGUUCGAAUCCCCACCACAGGGAUUAUCGAGUACCCCUUCGACUUGCAAAGCAUCAUUUUCAGGAUGGUGGAUGUGGGGGGUCAGAGGUCAGAGCGCAGGAAGUGGAUCCACUGCUUCGAGAACGUGACGUCCAUUAUGUUCCUGGUGGCUCUGAGCGAGUAUGACCAGGUCUUGGUGGAGUCUGACAACGAGAACCGGAUGGAGGAGAGCAAGGCCCUGUUCAGGACGAUAAUCACAUACCCCUGGUUCCAGAACUCCUCGGUCAUCCUGUUCCUCAACAAGAAGGACCUGCUGGAGGAGAAGAUCAUGUACUCCCACCUGGUGGACUACUUCCCCGAGUUUGACGGCCCUCAGAGAGACGCCCAGGCCGCCCGGGAGUUCAUCCUGAAGAUGUUUGUGGAUCUGAACCCCGACAGCGACAAGAUCAUCUACUCCCACUUCACCUGCGCCACAGACACCGAGAACAUCCGCUUUGUCUUCGCUGCCGUGAAGGACACCAUCCUGCAGCUCAACCUGAAGGAGUACAACCUGGUGUGAGCCCCUGAGCACUGCGCAGUACACACACACACACGCUCACACACACACACACACACGCUCACACAC